AUGCGGCGAGCAGAGCAUCACUCGAGACCCCAUUACAAUAAUUACCCGGCCCAACAACAAUACUAUGCACAGCAACAGUAUCAGAAUCAGGACUCCUCUUCCGUGAUUUUAGUGACCGCCGGUUACGAUCAUACCAUUCGAUUCUGGGAGGCUCUCAGCGGUAUUUGUUCGAGAACCAUUCAGCAUCCUGAUUCGAUAACUUCCUUUGAUGGUCAUACCGGCAAUGUAACAGCCGUUGGAUUUCAUUGUGAAGGAAAAUGGAUGGUCACCAGCAGUGAGGACGGAACUCUUAAAAUAUGGGAUACAAGGCAUGUUAUAUUAAAAAAGAUGGCGCCAUCGAUUCAACGCAAUUACGAUCACAAGGCUCCGGUCAAUGAUGUGGCCAUCCAUCCCAAUCAAGGGGAAUUGAUUUCGUGCGAUCAAAAAGGAAGCAUCAAGAUUUGGGAUUUAAGUGAAAAUUCUUGCACUCAUGAAUUGGUUCCCGAAGAGGACGUUCCCUUGCGUUCCGUGACCAUAGCUGCCGAUGGAUCAAUGUUUGUGGCUGCAAAUAACAAAAAAUUAAUUGUAAAGACUUACGACUUAUUUGACGCACCCCUAGCAUCUUCGGAUCAUUCCGCUCGGCUCUGGGACUUGCAACAAGGCGAAACGAUAAGACAAUAUAACGGACAUCAUAAAGCGGCAGUUUGUGUGGCAUUAAACGAUUUAUCAAUUGGAAAUUGA